AUGGGUGCUGUGUACCUGGGCUCGGUGCCGCCUGCCUGCGUCCGCCGGGCGUCUGGGCGUCCCCGGUUGCCUGUGUCCUCCUGUCUGUCCCAACAGCCCCGGACGGCAGUGGCGACCUGGCCCCCCCUGGACCCCCUCCUGGUGCUGCAGCUCUGCGACCUGCUGUCGGGGCUGCGCGUGCACGGCGUCGUCUUCGAGGACGACUCGCGCGCCCCCGCCGUCGCGCCCAUCCUCGACUUCCUGUCGGCACAGACCUCGCUGCCCAUCGUGGCCGUGCACGGCGGCGCCGCGCUCGUGCUCACGCCCAAGGAGAAAGGGUCCACUUUCCUGCAGCUGGGCUCCUCCACCGAGCAGCAACUGCAAGUCAUCUUCGAGGUCCUAGAGGAGUAUGACUGGACAUCUUUUGUGGCGGUGACCACGCGGGCCCCCGGCCACCGGGCCUUCCUGUCCUACAUCGAGGUGCUGACGGACGGCAGCCUUGUGGGCUGGGAGCACCGCGGGGCGCUGAUGCUGGACCCCGGGGCUGGAGAGGCCGUGCUGGGGGCCCAGUUACGCAGCGUGAGCGCACAGAUCCGCCUGCUCUUCUGCGCGCGGGAGGAAGCCGAGCUGGUGUUCCGGGCCGCCGAGGAGGCCGGCCUCACCGGGUCCGGCUACGUGUGGUUCAUGGUCGGGCCCCAGCUGGCUGGGGGCGGCGGCUCGGGGGCGCCCGGGGAGCCCCUGCUCCUGCCCGGAGGUGCCCCGCUACCCACCGGCCUGUUUGCCGUGCGCUCAGCCGGCUGGAGGGACGACCUGGCCAGGCGCGUGGUGGCCGGUGUGGCCGUCGUGGCCAGAGGUGCCCAGGCCCUGCUGCGUGACUACGGUUUCUUGCCCGAGCUCGGCCACGACUGUCGCGCCCAGAACCGUACCCACCGCGGGGAGAGUCUGCAUAGGUACUUUAUGAACAUCACCUGGGACAACAGAGAUUACUCUUUCAACGAGGAUGGAUUCCUGGUGAACCCCUCCCUGGUGGUCAUCUCCCUUACCAGGGACAGGACUUGGGAGGUGGUGGGCAGCUGGGAGCAGCGGACUCUGCGCCUCAAGUACCCGCUGUGGUCCCGCUACGGGCGCUUCCUGCAGCCGGUGGAUGAUACGCAGCACCUGACGGUGGCCACCCUCGAGGAGAGGCCCUUCGUCAUCGUGGAGCCCGCCGACCCCAUCAGCGGCACGUGCAUCCGAGAUUCCGUCCCCUGCCGGACCCAGCUCAACCGCACCCACAGCUUCUUCUGGGUCCUUAGGGUGUGGCCGUCCAGCUUGGUGACUUUGGGCAAAUCACAGCCCUACAGCCCCGCCGUGUGGGUGAUGAUGUUCGUCAUGUGCCUCACCGUGGUCGCCGUCACUGUUUUCAUCUUCGAGUACCUCAGUCCCGUCGGCUACAACCGCAGCCUGGCCACGGGCAAGCGUCCUGGCGGCUCAACCUUCACCAUUGGGAAGUCCAUCUGGCUGCUCUGGGCCUUGGUGUUCAAUAACUCGGUGCCUGUGGAGAACCCACGGGGGACCACCAGCAAAAUCAUGGUGCUGGUGUGGGCCUUCUUUGCUGUUAUCUUCCUCGCCAGCUACACAGCCAACCUGGCCGCCUUCAUGAUCCAGGAGGAGUACGUGGACACCGUGUCUGGGCUCAGUGACCGCAAGUUCCAGCGGCCCCAGGAGCAGUACCCACCUCUGAAGUUUGGGACGGUGCCCAACGGAUCAACGGAGAAGAACAUUCGCAGCAACUACCCCGACAUGCACAGUUAUAUGGUGCGCUACAACCAGCCCCGCGUGGAGGAAGCGCUUACUCAGCUGAAGGCAGGAAAGCUGGACGCCUUCAUCUAUGACGCGGCCGUGCUCAACUACAUGGCCCGCAAGGACGAGGGCUGCAAGUUGGUCACCAUCGGUUCCGGCAAGGUCUUCGCCACCACGGGCUACGGCAUCGCGCUGCACAAGGGCUCCCGCUGGAAGCGGCCCAUCGACCUGGCGCUGCUGCAGUUCCUGGGGGACGAUGAGAUCGAGAUGUUGGAGCGGCUGUGGCUCUCGGGCAUCUGCCACAACGACAAGAUCGAGGUGAUGAGCAGCAAACUGGACGUCGACAACAUGGCGGGCGUCUUCUACAUGCUGCUCGUGGCCAUGGGCCUGUCCCUGCUGGUCUUCGCCUGGGAGCACCUGGUCUACUGGCGCCUGCGGCACUGCUUGGGGCCCACCCACCGCAUGGACUUCCUGCUGGCCUUCUCCAGGCGCAGGCCACGGCCCGAGGGGGCGCGCGGAGCGGACGGGACCCGCGGGGCUCGACAAGGGACGACCCAGAACUGGCCGGGCCCCGCCUGGAGCAGCCCCUUCGCCUUUGGGGAACUCGCGGGCCGCGGGGGACUUGGUUCCCCCAACUCAGCAGUGGACAGCGAGGGCCGGGGCUCUUGGAGCCCACCGGACUUUUUUUAA